GUUGAUGGAGCAUCCAGCCGCCCGCAGGGCGGCCCUGCCAGCGUGGGUGCCAUCGACAUCGCGUCUCCCUCGGUCCCAACAAGCACCCCAAUGGGUGGCAGCUCCGCAUCGCCAGGGACCGUCACCACCAUCACGUCCGCCGCCACCAUUGGCUUUGGCGCCCUUGGCCUGCAGGGCGGCAGCGGACAGACGGCGGCGGCGAGGGCUCCCAAGAGGCGGAAGCAGUCUCACUACGAGGUCGCCACGCUGUCGGCCCCAGACCUAGUCAACGCCGGCGUGAUCACGGCGCAGGAUGCCGAGGCUUACUUCCGCGCCUUCUUCUCGGGCUGCCACCGCUUCGUGCCCGUCUUUGAUCCAGGCCACGACACCAUGGACUCAGUCCGCCGCCGGAGCCCGCUGCUGUUUGGCACCAUCUGCUCCGUCGGCUGCCGCGUCCUGUCGGGCCCCGACUCCCACCACUGCCGCCUGCUGGGGUUCCACACACAGCGCAUGCUCAACGCUGCCGUUCUGGCUCCCAGCCCGACGCGGGGUAGCGUCUCGCCCCCAGGCUCCAAAUGCUCGGUCGAGACGAUACAGGCCUUGCUGGUUAAAGCCUGCUACGCGUCGGAGCGGUCACUCCUCGUGGUCAUCGCCAUGCGCAUGGCCAUAGACCUGGGCCUCCCCGAGGCCUACGACACGCUCACCGCAAGGUCUGCUUCCCGCAGGAGCAGGGGCUGCGCCGCCGGCAAAGGAGGACCGGGAGCAGGACGGCGCGACGACAGCUCGGCCGCGGGCGGCGACGAGGGCGACGAGGAGGCGGCGCUGAUGCGCAAGACGCGCACGUGGCUCCACAUCGCUGUCAUGAGCCACAUCAUGCACGUCGACGCCGGCGACCUCCCCACGCUGCGCUUCCGCGGCGCCGCCAGCCGCUGCCGCAUCCUCCUCGAGUCCCAGUCGGCUACGGACGAGGACCUCCACCUGCUCCCGCAGGUCGAGCUAAACGCCAUCCGCGCUCGCAUCCGGGCCUCGCUGGCCCAGCUGUCCAGCGGUGGCGGCAGCAGCAACUGCAACAGCAGUGGCAGCAACAGCCCCGGCGCGCACUGCGGCGGCGGCGGCGGCGAUGACGAGGCGCUGAUGGACGUGGUGCGCGGGGCACGCAUCGACAUCGACGUGUGGUUCGGCGACUGGACGCGCGUGCUGGCGCCGCACCUGGCGCGGCUGCCCUGGCUGGCGCCCAACCUGGCCGUGCAGCGCUUCUGGUCCGACGGCAUGGCCAUGUGCUCGGCCGUGCGCUGCCUAGGGCUCGAGGACGUGAGUGCCAUGACGCCCGCCCAGCGCGCCGUCCUGCUCAUGGCCAAGGCCUCGCUGCGUGACCACCUCGACGUGGUGCUGCAGGAGCCGCGCCUGUAUCUGGCCAACCUGCGCUACGCCGCCGAUUUUGUGUGGGCCAAGAACGCCUUUUGCCUGCUGCUGCUGCUGAAGCUGGACAUGCUCCUGCCGGACGGCGACGACGAUGAGGACGAUGACGGCGGUGGUGGUGUGGGUGGCCGCGCCGCGCUGGUCGCCAAGAGCCGCGCCCUGCUGGCCGAGUUCGCCCGGUCCGUGGGGCCCAACAGCGGCGGCGGCGGCGGUGCGGGUGCGGGGACUGCCAAGAGCAACACGGGCGCCAUGUACCUGCACCUGGUCAGGGUGAGCAUCGAAAAGUACAGCCAGGCGCUGCAGUCCGACGCCAGCCGCGGCGACGGCAUCCCACCAGCGAACGUGCCACCGCUGCCGCCUCCCGUGUCUGCAGAGAUGGCAGCGGCCGGCAGCGACGGCAGAGGCGUGACAGCGGUCUCUGGCCCUCCUGGCACCGGGGCGGCGGUGUCGGCGUCGGCGCCAGCUCCGGCAGCCGGAGAGGGCGGGCAAACGGACCUCGAGUCCUUCGUUCCGGACCAGUUCGUGUUCGAGUGGGACUUCCCGGGGCUUACACUCUUCUCGUCGCCCACCACCGAGGCCACGUGGUUCGACGACUUUUUGACGGGGGCCCUGGACGGCGCCGACGACUUUUACGGCGGCCUGGGGUGGGCUUCGGUGGACUUUUCCGUCUAA